AUGCUCAGUAAAUUUAUUUCGCUCAACUUCAGCAGGUGCUGCGCUCUGCAGCAGCAGCAGCAGCAGCAACAGCAGCGGCAGCAUAAGCAGCAGCAGCAGCAUAAGCAGCAGCAGCAGCAGAAGCAGCGGAACAGCAGAAGCAGCAGAAGCAGAAGCAGAAGCAGAAACAGCAGCAGCGGCAGCGCAAGCAGCAGUAACAGCAGCGGUAGCUGCAGCGGUAGCAGAAGCAGCAGCAGCAGCGGCAGCAACAAUAGUAGUACGAGUAGGAGUAGGAAUAGUAGUAGAAGAAGUAGUAGUAGUAGCAGCAGCAGCAGCAGCUGCAGCAGCAGCAGCAGUAGUAGUAGUGGAAGAGGAGGAGUAAUUGGGGCAGCAAAUGUAGCAACAGCAAAUGCAGGUGUACAUACACCUCAAAACAAACACAAACUGCAAGACGGGGGGCCCCGCAGCAGCAAAAAACAGUUCUUUCUCAUCUGA